AUGUCCGUUACCCACGAUUCUUCUCAUGCUCCGGCGUUUCCGAUUGGCCAACAGCUUCUUCGACUCUGCCUCAAAGAAGUGUUUGUAUUUCGCGUGAUGCAGUCGGAUCCAAAUUGGUCGAAUUUCUUGUACAAUCCGAGUACCGGGAAGCUAGUCAUCCUGGAUUUCGGCGCCUCUAGAGAUUACGAUAAAAAGUUUGUGGACGUAUACAUCCGGCUCAUUCAUGCUGCUGCCGAAGGAAACCGCGAUGGCAUACUCGAAUACUCGCAGAAGCUUGGUUUUCUCACCGGAUACGAGACAAAGGUUAUGGUCGACGCACACGUGGAUGCAGUGAGCAUAUUGGGCGAGGCAUUCUCUUCUAUUAAACCGUUUGAUUUCGGUCGUCAGUCGACAACACGACGUUUGAAUCGACUUAUCCCAAUUAUGAUGGAACACCGCCUGACUCCUCCGCCGGAUGAAAGUUAUUCUUUGCAUCGAAAGUUGUCAGGAUGUUUUCUGCUCUGUGGCAAGCUGCGAGCCGUGGUCGAAUGUCGUCCUCUUUUCUACGAUAUUUUUAAUUCUUACACUUUUGACACUCCCGAAACCGAGGUGGAUGCGACUACGUUAUCACGCUCAACUUAGGAUUCCAGACAAGCUUUUUUCUGUGCAUUUUCAUAGCAUAGAAUAUAAAGACUAUUGUUUCG